AGUUUUCCAUCUUAACAGAUCCUGUACAAAAUGAUUAAGACAAUAGUGUUUGUUGUUUGCCUCGCUGUGGCGGUGGCAGCUUUCGAAGAUUAUCAUAGCCAUCCCAAGUAUAAGUUCGAGUAUGGCGUCAAAGAUUCUCAUACCCACGAUCAUAAGAGUCAAUGGGAGCACCGUGAUGGGGAUCAUGUGAAGGGACAAUACACACUGGAUGAGGCCGAUGGAACGCAUCGUAUUGUUGAUUAUACUUCAGAUCAUAAGGGCGGAUUCCAACCUCACGUCGAACGCAAGGGACAUGCUCAUCAUCCACACCACGGAGAAAGUUAUGCCAACAUUCAUCAGUACUACUAGAUUUGAAACGGCUAUAUGAACUUAGGGUGUACUAAUUCAUCACGUGUAUUGUUGGAAAAAAAUUAAAAUAAAACAAAAAGCUAAAUUUGAACAAUAAUGAUGCGA